AUGGUGCUAUCGGGCUCAGGUUGUCCCUGUGGCUUUGCGGCGUAUCCUGACCACUCGACGAAUGCGUUGAAUCCGUGCUUUCUAUCACUGGUUGUUCUCGUGGAAGGAGUGUUCUUCAUGGUAUUUGGGUCGAUACAGCUGAUUCAGCUGGUGAAAGAGUCUAAAGUUCCAGAAAGCUUCAAACGGAGGAGCCUAUCGCAGCGACAAGUGGUCCAGCUUUCCAAUGUGAGCUUAUUUGCGGUCCUAAUUGUCUGUCAGCUUACAGCGGCCCUUAACGAGCAAGAGGCAGUCCCGGUGCUGGUGUGGUCAUUGUGGAUCCAUUUGUGUUACGUUGUGUUGAUUUCGCUGCCUACUCAGUAUCUGCAAUACUUCAAGAGCCCUUGCGCGCUGGGCAACCAGUUGUUUUACUAUAUGAUACAGGCGACCGUUCUAGGCUUUCAAGUGGCUCAGAGGGCUGCACACUACCCUAACGAAGACUACAAUCUGAUCAAAGGGAAGUACGGUGCGAUUCUGGAAGUAGGGAUGCUGAUAUGUUCGGCAACCAUAUUCGUCUUUGAUGUGUACCUCUUCCAGCCCAGCGAUGAACUGGAAACAUAUUACAAAAAGGAGGGCCAUCAUCUACAGGUCAAUUUCCUGGCUCGAGCAACGUUUACAUGGAUGAACGAGUUGAUUGUCGAUACGUAUCAUCGAAAGAAGCUAAAAGAUCCAUACGAUUUGCCUGAGCCGCCAGUGAAUAUAGAUAUCAGGGACGUAUGUCGUAAGUUACAGGCAGCACGGGAGGCCCAGAAGUGGAAAGGCUCAAAUUCCUUGUUCAGCGCACUAAUGAAAACGUUCGGUAAAUCAAUCCUAAUAGCAACUUUAUUGGAGACUUGCAAGGACUUGCUAUCAGUCGUCCAACCUCAGUUGUUGCGGUUGUUCAUUUUAUCUUUUGACGGCAAUGCCGCUUCUGACUAUCCGCCGCUCAAUGGAUUCUUCGUUGCUCUGGGCCUGUUCUUGGUGAGCGUCAUAUCUGCGUGUCUGCAGAACCAGUUUUAUAUCACCAUCUUUGAGGUUGGUCUGGGUAUGAGGGGAGCGUUAAUAGCUCUGCUUUACAAAAAAUCUCUUAGACUCUCUUUAGCCUCGAGAGAAAAAAGCUCUACGGGAGAUAUACUGAAUAUGGCCUCUGUCGACGUUCUAAAAAUUCAACGGUUCUUUGAGGACUGUCAGAUCAUUGUCGGAGCACCUAUUCAAAUUGUCGUGGUACUUCUCUCCUUGUACUGGCUAUUAGGGCCGGCCACCAUCGGAGGCGUUGUCACAAUGGCUAUUAUGAUUCCAAUCAACUCCUUUCUCUCCAAAAGGGUGAAGAAAUUGUACAAAACACAGAUGAAAUAUAAAGAUGCAAGAAUCAGAACUACAACAGAAAUCAUUAAUUCGAUGAAAUCUAUUAAACUAUAUGCAUGGGAAAAGCCGAUGCUUGACAGAUUGGAUCAUGUACGGAAUGGAUUGGAGAUGGAGAAUUUCAAAAAAAUUGGUGUGGUUAGCAAUCUGAUUUUCUUUGCGUGGAACUGCGUGCCCUUAAUGGUAGCAUGCUCGACUUUUGGUAUGUUUUCCUUCGCAAACAAGAGACCCUUGUCACCUGAAAUAGUGUUUCCGGCAUUAUCUCUGUUCAACAUCCUAAACGAUGCCAUUUAUUCGCUCCCCAACAUCAUCAACUCGGUCAUCGAGACAAGAGUUUCCAUGAAUAGAUUGAAGGAGUUUUUGCUAAGUGAUGAGCUCGACGACUCUUUUAUGGAGGUUGAAGAGACUCCUUGCGAUAAAACCUUACCCGUGGUGGAGAUAAAAAAUGCGACGUUCCUAUGGAAAUCGCAAGCAGUUUUGCUAAAUGGAGAUUUCGAUGAUGAAGAGUCAAGAGUUGAAUCCUCUCAAGUAGCGCUAAAGGACGUACAAGAUUUUCAUGCAAACAAGGGUGAGCUUACUUGUAUUGUUGGCAGAGUCGGAUCUGGGAAGUCGACCAUGUUAAGAGCUAUAUUGGGUCAAUUACCAUGCAUAAGCGGUUCCGUUGAAGGUGUUUCCCCAAAAGUUUACAUUAGAGCCUCCUCUAUCGCAUAUUGCCCGCAGGAACCGUGGAUAAUGAAUGCCUCGAUAAAGGAUAAUAUUCUCUUUGGACACCGUUAUGAUGAGACCUACUACAACGCUACCAUAGAGGCCUGUCAACUUUUACCAGAUCUUGAUAUACUCCCGGAGCGAGACGCGACUUUGGUCGGAGAGAGAGGCAUUUCCCUAUCGGGAGGUCAAAAAGCUCGACUCUCGCUCGCUAGAGCUGUCUAUUCUAGAGCUGAUCUCUGCUUACUGGAUGAUAUUUUAUCUGCUGUUGAUGCAGAAGUGAGCAAGAACAUUGUUGAGAAGGUUCUCGACCGGGAGAACGGUUUGCUGAAAAAUAAAACCGUGGUUUUGACAACAAAUGCUAUAUCCGUUCUUGAUCGUUCGCAGAUGAUCUAUGCUUUGGAAGGAGGUCAUAUUGUUGAGAAAGCAUCUUACAAAGAUGUCAUUGCUUCAUCAAAGGCGUCAACAUUGAAGAUGAUGAUUGAGGAGUUUGGAAGGAACAUAGAGUAUUCCUCUGGUAUUGCCGGUGAAAAUCAUUCGGUAGAGGAAAUUAUUCUGAAAUCAGACGCGAAUGCAGAUGCACUUGCCAAUGACGUGACAUCUUUGACAUCUUUGAUUGCUCCUGAUACUGUUAAUGAUCUGUCUUUAAGCUCGAGGAGAGCCUCCAUGGCGACUCUGGACGCCCCAAGAUUAUUUGCUACUGAUGGCUCUGCACCAAUGACAGUGGAAAAGAAGGAAGAGGGAAGAGUAAAAACGUCAGUUUACAUGUUUUACAUGAAAGCCUGUGGUGUUCUUGGAGUAGCACUGUUCCUUUCGUUCAUGGUCUCAAGUCGGAUAUUUGAUCUUCUCGAAAACUUCUGGCUAAAAUACUGGGCAGAAGAAAAUGAACGCAGAGGCUCCAAUGAAGAUGUCUGGCGGUUUGUCGGGAUUUACGCCGUGAUUGGUGUAUUUUCGGCCGCAUUCAACAACCUAAGAACAAUUGUUUUAUUGCUGUAUUGCACAAUCCGAGCUGCCACAAAGCUUCAUGAUGAGAUGGCAAGAUCGGUCUUGAGAAGCCCAAUGAGCUUUUUUGAAACGACCCCAGCUGGGAGAAUUCUUAAUAGAUUUUCCUCUGAUAUCCAAGCCGUUGACAGCAAUCUUCAAUGGAUGUUCGCUUUUUUCUUCCGAUCGAUUUUGAAUUAUCUAGUGACCGUUGUAUUGAUCAGUUACAACAUGCCAUGGUUUCUGGCCGUCAAUGCGGUACUCUUGGUAGUCUACCUGUACUACCAAACAUAUUACAUAACGCUGAGCAGGGAAUUGAAAAGAUUGACCAGUAUCUCGGUAUCGCCCAUAAUGUCACUAAUGGGAGAAAGCUUAGGUGGCCACGCUGUUAUAAACGCAUUCAAGCAUUUUGAUAGAUUUGACUUUCUCAAUUUUAGCAAUGUGCAAUUCAACAUCAACUGCAAUUUCAACUUAAGAUCGACAAAUAGAUGGCUUUCUGUUCGUUUGCAAACAAUUGGGGCAUUCAUUGUGCUAACCACAGCUUUACUGUCUUUAGGCACUUUGGGCUCGAAGCAGAAACUGAGCCCGGGAAUGGUCGGACUUUUGAUGAGUUAUGCGCUAGAGGUGACGAGCUCACUUAUGUGGAUAGUAAGAAUGUCUGUUCAAAUUGAAACGAACGUUGUUUCUGUCGAACGGAUUUACGAGUAUUGUAAUUUGACACCAGAGGCGCCGGAGGUGAUUGAAUCUUGUCGGCCUGUUGAAUCAUGGCCAGCUCAAGGCAAGAUCAGCUUCAAAAGCUAUUCGACCAAAUACAAAACACAAAAGGAUCCUGCUUUGAGGAAUAUCAACAUAGACAUUAAACCCCAGGAAAAAAUUGGUGUUGUUGGUAGAACUGGGGCUGGAAAAUCCACUCUGUCUCUAGCACUUUUCAGAUUGCUUGAGGCGACGAGCGGUUCGAUUGAAAUCGACGAUAUAGACAUCUCAACAAUUGGGCUUGCCGAUUUAAGGAGCCACCUCGGCAUCAUUCCUCAGGAUGCUCAAGCCUUUGAAGGAUCCAUCAGGUAUAACCUGGAUCCAUUCCAGCGCUAUUCCACGGAAACACUUUGGAAGGCUAUCAAGUUGUCACAUCUCGAACCGCAUGUUAUCGCUAUGUGUCAUAAGGAGAACAAAAAUGGCCACCAAGCUACUCGGGAAGAAAUGCUUGAAACCAAGAUAACCGAAAAUGGGGGCAAUCUCUCAGUCGGACAGAGGCAGCUUCUUUGUUUAUCCAGAGCUCUGUUGAAUGACUCCAAAGUUCUUGUUCUGGACGAGGCGACAGCUGCUGUUGACAUGGAGACAGAUAAGAUUAUCCAGGAAACGAUAAGAUCUGAGUUCAAGGACAAGACCAUUUUGACGAUCGCGCACAGAAUCGACACGGUCCUGGACAGCGAUCGGAUAAUAGUGCUGGAUGCGGGAGAGGUCAAAGAGUUUGAUAAGCCAGAGAACCUACUAUCAAACAAGCAAUCGCUGUUCUAUGCGCUUUGCGAGAAAGGUGGCCAUCUUGGAAAAAAAAGCCCUUAA